AUGAGUUUUCUAAUUAUUGUUUUUAUUUUGGUCCUCGUCCCUCAUAUUGUUCUUGGUAGAGUAAUUACAAAAAAUGAAGGAGUAGUAUUUGGUCAAACUUACAACCCCACAUGGGGUGGCAAUCAUUUAGUGUCUUUAAAUCAAGGGAACGAAAUUCUGCUCACAAUGGAUAACUAUUCAGGAGCUGGAUUUGCAUCGAAGAUGACUUAUGGCUCUGGAUUCUUCCAUAUGAGGAUCAAAGUACCAGGCAGUGACUCUGCAGGAGUUGUCACAGCUUACUAUUUGACAACACUUGGAAAAUUGCACGAAGAGAUGGACUUUGAAUUUUUGGGCAAUAGAAUAGGGAAGCCAUAUAUAUUACAGACCAAUGUGUUUGCAAAUGGAGUAGGAAAUAGGGAACACAAAAUUCAUCUUUGGUUUGACCCCACAAUCGAUUUUCACGACUACAAAAUUCUUUGGAAUGCACAUCAAAUUGUAUUUUAUGUGGACAAUAUCCCCAUUAGAGUAUACAAGAACAAUACCAAUAUUGGAGCGAGCUAUCCAUCAAAUGCUAUGCAAAUACAAAUAAGUUUGUGGAAUGGUGAAGAUUGGGCAACAGAAGGAGGCAAAGCCAAAAUCAAUUGGAAUUAUGCACCUUUUAAAGCAUACUUCCAAGGAUUUGAUGUUAGUGGAUGUCCAAGUCUAAAUCCAAACUUGGUUGAUCCUAAAUGUUUUAAUGGUAAUUUCUGGUGGAAUAACCAAAAUUAUUGGCAAUUAAAUCCUCAAGAAGAAAAACAAUUAGAAAAUAUAAAGAAAAAUUAUGUAAUAUAUGACUAUUGUACUGAUAGAAAAAGAUAUCCUACACCUCCUCAUCCUACACCUCCUAUAGAAUGCCUACAUUAA